AUGGUCGACCAACACGUUCAAGAUCUCGCGUCCCACCCUUCGCCUCGACCACCACACCCACCCACCAAUUCUGGAUUUACUCCCACUCCCACGCCCACGCCUGCUCCGGCUCUUCCCAACUCUGCAUCUGAGCGGCCCGAGGCUUCUACCCCUUCGUCGCAGCCCUCGGAUCUUGUCGUCCCACCACGAUCACGACCACCGCCGCAACAGCAACAGCAACAGCAACAGCAACAGCAACAGCAGCAGCUUCUAGAUCGCUGUGCUCGUGACCCGUCUUCUUCCCUUUCGCCAGCACCUUCCUCCGCUUCCUCAGCUCCUUCGCCGCGAGCCUUUGGUGCAUCCCCGCAGGUCAGCCCCAGGAAGCAUCAACAACAUCAGCGUCGCUCCUCAAGAUCGUCUACCGCGUCUCGUCGCGCCAGAUCCUCGGCUGAUUUAGCUGCAACUCCUUCUGCGUCUGUUCCAACCGAACCCGAUCAUCCCGCGCCGCGAUCAGCCGGCCUUGCAAUACUCAAUCCGAGUGCAGCCUUCCCAGUUCAUCCGGUCCUAUCGCACGUCAUAGCUGGUUACAGACCUGCUCCGCAUCCCAGUAACCCUCUGGCAAGGAAUCAACCACAUUUUCCUCACCAGCGAGAACCCUACCCGGCGCAAAUCGCAUCCGCUCGCCUUUCAGAGUCGACCGAUCCUCAGCUACAGUACUUUCCACGAGCGUCCACACCGGCUGUGGUCCAAUCCGCUCCGCAUUUUUCGCUAGGAGCCCAACAACGUCCGUUCCCGCUGUCAUCGCACCAGCAUCCGCAACACGGCUUUCUCGCGCCACUGCCACCGCAACUCCAUCCCCCUGUCUUUCAAAGGAACUUCAUUGCCGCGUUAUCGGCAUACACUUCCUCACAACACCAAUACCCCGCGCCCGACCAACCUGCAGCAUACGCGACACAUCCAUCGGCUUCAGGCAUACUUCAUCCCGGUGGCUUUAGCGGAGAGCAUCCACAGUUGAGACAAGCCUUCACAUAUCACCCGUAUCCUCCGCAGCAGCCGAACCCGACUGCCCACUUCAGGAUGGACAACCAAGCUCAGAUGGCUCAGGCUCACGCGCAGGCGCAAGCACAAGCCCAGCAUCACAUGCAGAUGCAGAUGCAAAUGCAAAUGGCACAGGCGCAAGCGCAAGCACAAGCGCAGGCACAAGCACAAGCACAGCAACAGGCCCACAAUCUACGAAGAAAGAAUGCACAGGAUGUCUUGGUGGGUCAAGGCUUUCGCGGGUUGAAACGAGGCCGCCCUACCGACCGCAGUCUUCCUCCUUCGUUAAAGCGUCAGGUGCCCGAGUCGGCCUUCUACUCGGACCUUCAACGCAUGGAGAAGAAUCUCGACUGGACCGUGGCGAGGAAACGCGCCGAACUCACCGACGGACUCUCGCGACCUCCCAAGAUCAAGCGCACACUGCGGAUCUUUCUGAGCAACACGUGCGCCAAUCAGCCUUUCCAGCUGGCAGAGAAGCAAAAGGCUAAAGACUCGAACGCAAGCGGCGCUAAUGCCUCUACGGAGGCGGGCGAAGACGCUGGCGAGGUUAAGGCAGAAGGCGACAAGGAGGCGAGCGACAACAAGGAAAAGGAUGCUGUGCCAUCGUGGACGCUUCGUAUCGAGGGUCGUCUCUUGGAGCCUUCGUUCAAAUCGCGCGCCAACACGGCCCUGUCCGCACAGGCGAGUAUCAACCGCACCGGCGCACACAAAUUCAGCAACCUGAUCAAGACGUGUGUCGUCGAGCUGAUGCGCGACUCGGCCCUGUACCCGGAUGGCAGCAACAUUGUUGAGUGGCACCGUCCCAUACCCUCGGUUGCGCCUGCGAGUGGCAUGCAGGCCGGAGGAGGAGCGGGAGGCCUUGGAGGUACACAGGGCAUGGAGGCGCCUCUGGUCGCCAGUGCAGAGCCGGCAUUGGACGGCUUCGAGAUCAAACGCAAGGGUAACGUGCCCACCAAGGUCAAGAUCGUGCUCUACCCCGCAUAUACCCCGGAGCGCUACUCGUUGUCCACCGAGCUUGCUUCGCUGCUUGACAUUCGAGAAGAGUCUCGCGCCGGCGUCAUCUCGGCUCUGUGGUCGUACGUCAAGGAGAAGAAGCUCUUGGACGAGACGGACCGUAAGAAGGUCAAGUGUGAUGCUGCGCUGCGCUCGCUCUUCAACACGGACACGAUCAACUUCCACCAUAUGCCCGAGGUGGUCAACCGCCACCUUCACCCUGCGCAGCCCAUCGUGAUCGAGUAUUGGGUGCGCACCGACAAGGCCGAGUACAAGCACUCGACUGCCUACGAUAUUGAGCUCGAUCUCGAGGACCUGGCCAUUCGACAAAAGCAGCACAAUGUCCUGUCCCAGUUCGACACUGCCAACGAUGCCACCUCGCGCGAGAUUGCUGAGCUGGAUGACAAGAUUGCGCAGGCGGCUGCUACGAUUCGCAAUCGUGCGAGCGCACACGACUUUUUGGCUGCGUUCGCCAAGGAUCCGCAGGGCCAUCUUCGGACGUGGAUCGCAAGCCAGGCGCGCGACCUGGAUGCGAUCCUGGGCAAUAGCCCGGUGCCCGGUGCCGGCGGAUCCGUGUCGAGCUUUACGGCCGAAGAAAUGCGACGGGCCGAGACGUUCCGUGGUGGGUGGGUGGAUGAGGCUGUCAUCGUCAACGAAGCACAGAGGUUGGCGGAGAAGCUGCAAGAGUUGCAGUCGCAAGCUGCUCACCCGCACCCCAAUCAACCGGGUGCAUGA